CCUCCUCAGUUCCCAGAAUGUGGAUUCUUCGGGAUGUACGACAAGAUCCUGCUCUUCCGUCACGACCUGAACUCGGACAACAUCCUGCAGCGGCUGACGUCUGCAGAGGAGAUCCACGAGGGCGACCUGGUGGAGGUGGUGCUCUCCGCUCUCGCCACAGCCGAGGAUUUCCAGAUCCGUCCUCACGCGCUGUACGUCCACUCCUACAAGGCGCCGGCGUUCUGCGACGACUGCGGGGAGAUGCUGUGGGGGCUCGUCAGACAAGGCCUCAAGUGUGAAGGAUGUGGACUGAACUACCACAAACGAUGUGCGUUCAAGAUCCCCAACAACUGCAGCGGCGUGAAGAAGAGGCGACUGUCCAACGUGUCUCUGCCGGGCGCCAUCAUGUCCGUGGCUCGUCCGCCUUCCACCGAGUUCACACCGACGCCGCAGGAGGAGCAGCGCCCCCUCCUGGGCGCCGCGAAGCGUAACUCCCUGCUCAGCGGUCGUCCCAUCUGGAUGGAGAAGAUGGUCCUGGGCCGGGUCAAAGUCCCUCACACCUUCUCCGUGCACACGUACACUCGUCCGACCAUCUGCCAGUUCUGCAAGCGGCUGCUGAAGGGACUCUUCCGCCAGGGGAUGCAGUGCAAGGAUUGUAAAUUUAACUGCCACAAGAGAUGUGCUGCCAAAGUUCCUCGAGACUGUCUGGGCGAGGUCGACUUUAACGGAGAACCCGCCAGUCCCAGUCUGGACUCCGAGGCGACGAUGGAGGUGGACAACUGCGACGUCAACAGUGACGGAGGUCAGAGCAUGGACGAUCAGGACGAGCCGUCCACCCCUGAGGACAAGCUCUUCUUCAUCGAGGGUCCAUGCGCGGACGGCGAGAAAGACGACGAGACGCUCAGAGCCAUCAGCCCGUGCACCAGCAGUAACAUCCCCCUGAUGCGAGUGGUUCAGUCCAUCAAACACACCAAGAGGAAAAGCUCCACGGUGGUGAAAGAAGGAUGGAUGGUUCACUUCACCAGCCGCGACAACCUGAGGAAGAGACAUUACUGGAGGCUGGACAGCAAGAGUCUGACGCUGUUUCAGAAUGAAAGUGGAGCCAAGUUUUACAAGGAGAUCCCGCUGUCCGAGAUCCUGCAGGUGGAGCCGGAGAAGGACUUCAGCAGCCUGCCUCCGGGCAGCAACCCGCACUGCUUCGAGGUGACCACGGCCAACAUGGUGUACUACGUCGGGGAAAACAACGGCGGCCUGUACCACAACCCCGUCCUGGCGGCGUCUGGUGUGGGACGGGACGUGGGCCAGAGCUGGGAGAAGGCGAUCCGUCACGCACUGAUGCCCGUCACGCCCAAAGCCAGCGUCGGCACCGGUCCCGGCAAAGGGAAGGACCACAGUGAGUAA